UAGACACCCAUAGCUGAAAUCAAAUAGCCACAAAUGUAAAAACCAAAAACUGCCCAUGUGAUAAACGAAAAACCUUUCCAAUUGUUCCUUAAACCCUAACCUCUGAUUCUGAGCACUCUCCAUCACUGUUCUUCAGGCACGCCUAAAAACCUCAAUUGUAAAUGGCACGCCUAAACCUAGUCCGACCCCUAUUGAGAAAACCUAUGUAUACUUGUUCUUCUUCUUCCAGAACCCUACCCUUCCUAAUUGGUGACCAUCAACUUCAACAACCCAUUUUCAAUAUCACUCUAAAAAAACACUCUCUGUUUCAGUUUCAAAGAAGUUACAUCUCCGAUAUGCGCAAAUCCGCCUUCGAAGGAAACAUCCUCAGACUCCUCCGCAACGAGAUCCAAUACGAGCUCCAACGCUCCACUCCCACCCAGCCUGUUGCGAACUUUGACAUAUUCACAAUUGAUGAUCGGCCUGGAGAGCAAUGGAUUAGAUUGAAAGGAAAAUUUAAAGACGAAGGCAUUAAAGUUGAAGUCACCAUGUUCGAUGGAGCCAUUCCUGCUUCAAAAUCGGGUGGUGGUGUUAGCAUUGGGGAUGAAGUCCAACUUCACAUUACCCUAAUUGUCAAUAUCACUAAAGGGGAAGAUGGUGAAGUCUUGGAAUUCAUGUGCUCUGCUUGGCCGGAUAGUAUAGAGAUUAACAGGCUUUUCAUACGCCGUGGUGAUAAGAUGUCAGCACAGCCUUACGCAGGGCCUGAAUUCAAGGAAUUGGAUGAUGAGUUGCAAGACUCACUUUACGAAUUCUUGGAAGCAAGGGGUAUAAAUGAUGAACUUGCUGCAUUCUUGCAUGAGUACAUGAAGAACAAAGAUAAAACUGAGUUUAUUAGAUGGAUGGGAACCGUGAAAACUUUCAUUGAAAAGCAAGUGGAGUGAUUGGUUUUUCAUUUUGGAUGAGAUUAGUUGUUUGAUCAUUUUUGCAUUUCCCAAUGGAAAUUUAACAUGGUAUGUCAUUUGUUGAGUGACAUUUGACUUAUACAUUAAGAUUUUUGACUAUGCCUUUCUUGUUGAUGGUGAUCAUCAAUGAGAAGGUGGUGACUGCUUACCAUAAUAAAAGGUUUUAGUGCAAUAUAUCUAAGAAAUCCUUUUCAUUUAAAA